CAUCUAGUCACGUGACACGAUCGACAUUGGAAUAGAAAAUUUUGACCACGAGGUUUUCAGCCCUCAAAAAAAAUUACUUACCGGCUUACCACAUUGAAGUUGAGUGAUUUUUAAGAUGCCCUCGAGCAACCCCUUGCCGCCCAAAGAGAACGCUUUAUUCAAACGAAUCUUGAAAAGCUACGAACAUAAGCAGUACAAAAAUGGGUUGAAAUUUGCCAAACAAAUAUUGACAAAUCCGAAAUUUCAGGAACAUGGAGAAACCCUGGCGAUGAAAGGUUUAACAUUGAAUUGCCUGGGUAGGAAAGAUGAAGCUUAUGAAUAUGUUCGUCGAGGUUUAAGGAAUGAUUUGCGAUCUCAUGUGUGUUGGCACGUAUAUGGGCUGUUGCAAAGGUCAGAUAAAAAAUAUGAUGAAGCUAUUAAAUGUUACCGUAAUGCUCUUAAAUGGGAAAAAGACAAUAUACAGAUCCUCAGAGAUCUGUCUUUGUUACAAAUACAAAUGCGUGACUUGGAGGGAUACAGAGAUACAAGAUAUCAACUUCUUAUGUUACGGCCGACCCAAAGAGCUUCUUGGAUUGGAUAUGCCAUGUCUUUUCAUUUGUUAGAGGACUACAAAAACGCUUUAAAUAUUCUUGAUACUUUUUUGGAUCAGCAACAGAAACUAAGUACAACUGUAGACUAUGAACAAAGCGAGCUCCUGCUCUAUCAGAACCUCAUUGUUCAAGAAUCGGGUGAUCUUUUACAAGCCUUAAACCACUUGGAAGUUUACUCACCGCAAAUUGUCGAUAAGCUCACCCUAAAAGAGAAUCUAGCGGAAUUGAAUUUGAAAUUGGAAGUUUACAAUGAGGCCACGCAAAUCUACGAGGAACUGGUUCAGAGGAACCCGGAAAACACGUUGUAUUAUAAGAAAUUGAUCGAGUCAAAACGGCUGACCAAAGAGGAGGAUAUUUUAGCUUUUUACCUGAAAUAUUCGGAAAAGUUUCCUAGAGCGAUGCCUCCUAAAAGGUUACCGCUAAAUUACGCAACGGGUGUACAAUUUAAACAGUUGGUGGACAAAUACAUGCGUAAGGCUUUUUCUAAAGGCGUUCCGCCAUUGUUUGUGGACUUGAGGAGUUUGUACAAAGAUGCCGAAAAAGUCCGGAUCAUUGAAGAGUUAGUUUUAAGUUAUGUGGAAGCUUUAAAGAAAUCGAAUAAAUACAGCGAGACGGAAUCGACGAACGGUCCUAAGGAGCCGGCCAGCGCCAUCUUGUGGGUGUACUUUUUCCUGGCGCAGCACUACGACUACUUGAAACAGACUGACAAGGCUCUGACGUAUAUCGAGACGGCCAUCGACCACACGCCAACGUUGAUCGAGUUGUUCGUGGCCAAAGGCCGAAUAUUUAAGCAUGCUGGCGACCCAGCGGAGGCCUACAGGUGCCUGGACGAAGCCCAGGCGAUGGACACCGCGGACAGGUACAUUAAUUCGAAGUGCGCGAAGUACAUGUUGCGUGCCAACCUCAUAAAAGAGGCGGAAGACAUAUGUUCGAAGUUCACGAGAGAGGGCGUAUCGGCCAUGGAGAAUCUCAACGAGAUGCAGUGCAUGUGGUUUCAGACAGAGUGCGCGCUGGCCUACCAGAGGUUGGAGAAGUACGGGGAGGCGCUGAAGAAGUGUCACGAAAUAGAUAGGCAUUUUUCGGAAAUAAUCGAAGACCAGUUCGACUUCCACACGUACUGCAUGCGCAAGAUGACGCUGCGGUCGUACGUGGGUCUGCUGCGAUUGGAGGACGUACUGAGGGGGCACCCCUUUUACUUCAAGGCGGCGAAAUGCGCGAUAGAGGUGUACCUGCAUCUUUUCGACGCACCCCUCAAGGAUGAGAGUGCGGAACAGGAAUUAAAUACAGAAAACCUGGCGCCUUCGGAACUGAAAAAGCUGCGCAACAAGCAGAGGAAGGCGAAAAAGAAGGCGGAGCAAGAAAGCGCGCAGGCGCGCGAAGCUCAGGUCAAAAGGGACCAACACCAUAAAUCUAGGCAGCAGGGUGACGUAGAGGCGGAUGCGCCUCAGCUGGACGAACUGAUUCCAGAUAAGCUGGCGCGAGUGGACGAUCCUUUAGAUCAAGCCAUCAAAUUUUUACAGCCUUUACAGACGCUGGCCAGAGAUCGAAUCGAAACGCAUCUCAUGGCCUUCGAAGUGUAUUAUAGAAAAAGAAAAGUACUGUUAAUGCUUCAGUCAAUCAAAAGGGCUCACAAAGUCGAUCCCAAACAUCCGAAGCUACACAGUUGUUUAAUACGAUUUUUACAGGUGGUCAAAGAAAAUCAAUCGACCUUUGAUCCAGCUGUAUCGGAAGUGAUAACGAUAGAAACCAAAUCAUUGUUAAGCACCAAAGACGCGAAAACGUUGAACAAAGAAUUCUUGGACAACCAUAAAAACAGUUUAAAAGCUGCACUAGAGGGCGCAAUAGUUAUGUAUCAGUUGGAGGAGAAGAGCCAAAAGGAGGCGCUUAGUUUGGUUACCGAUAUAGACAAUAAUAAAUUUAAUGAUGUAGAUAUUGAAAUUUGUACAGAUAUUCUUAAAUCGCUGCGUAACGGCGAAAUAGGCAGUUGUACCCCCAGCCAACUAGACUCGUUCGUGCAGCGUUGCCACGCGAGGUACCCGUACGCCGCCGCCUUCAAACCGCCUCAGGAAGCUCAAGAGCCGACGACGGAUCCCACUCAGACCAAUCACGUGUCGGAUCAGGACUGCUGCGGCAACUGAUCCAAGGCUUAGAGAACGUCGACAUGUCCCAUCUAGGCGGGUAGUGUUUUUGGCAGUCUUUUUCCGCGAUCCGUGCAGUCCAUUUCGUAUAUUUUCUAUUUUUACACGCCCUCCCGUAAGUCUAGAAAGAGUAUUACAAACGGAAAUCUAACCUCAAAUUCCUCAAUGAUCGCAGAAAUGGUCUGGACGCGUUUGGGUAAAAUCGUACUGACUAAAUCGGAAUAUCCUACUUUAGAAUCGUUAUUCAAAUGAUGCGCCAGCGUAAAUCAAACCAAAAAUAAAAUGUUUCUUACGAAAUGACCCCGGUAUCUUCGGUAGUUCAAAUGAACCGCUCGCUAUACGAGGGGGGUACCGAAAGAACUAGUUCGUAUUGAAGGGUUUAAUAAGGUGCAGUGACGGCGGUGUCUGAAUAAAUAAAAAUAAAAUAGUUAUCGUGACUUGUGUGGAUCGUUUAAAUAUAGUGUUUUUAUAAAAAAAAAUUCAAGUCAUUUAAGUUAAGCAGCCUUUUAAGAGGUGUAUAUGUAAAUAUGGACUUGUUUAGAUAAAUGCCUCCAAAGAAAAGAUGUUUUAUUUUUCAUUCAAGUUGCCUCAUGAUGUAUAAUUUGCGUUUUAAAUAGAGGAAGAAUUAUCAUGGGGCAAUUUGGAACUCUUGCGGAAAACACGAUAAUUAAAUUAUCUACAAUUUAUUAUUUAUAUGUCGAUCUUUGCUUUUUUUUAUUUGUAUAAAGGUUGUAAAUUAAUUUAAAUCUUUGUUUUGUUUUACGUAAGGACCGUAAAACGGCUAGUAGUCGAAAAUAAACGAGUAAAUAAGUGAGUUGGACUUGAAUAUUUUAUUUAUUGUGGCGUAUUUUAGUGUAUUUCAGGAAGAAACAGAAAUUAAAGGCUUUUAUUUUCAGAACUAGGACAUGUAAAAAACGUUUGUUUCUUUUUAUGGUCUGUUUUUUUUAAUGAUGUGGAUACAUUUACGACAAAUGUUUUUAGCAGCCUUUUUCCACAAACUGUGCGGUCCAUUUUAUAUAUUUUCUAAUUUACACCCUCUCCCGUAAGUAUACAGAGAGUAUUACAAA